AUGGCUUCCCAACCUACUAGUUUCCUUCAUCUUAUUGGUAUGGCUUGUUCCUUUGGAAGAGGUGAAAUGAUGUAUAAUAACAACAACAACAACAACAACAACAAUAAUAUUGUUGUAAUAAGACAAGUAUUUAAAAAUAGAUACUUGUUAAAAACUAUAUUCAAACAUGCUCAUCAACUAUCAUUGAAUCAACUAACUUUUGGUGAUGGUAUUCCUAAACUUUAUACAUACAAUCAAUUGACAAGUAUUGGAUGGAUGGUUAAAAAUGGAUAUAUUUCAUUAUUGCGUAGUAAGAUUAAUCGAGGUGAUUAUCUUAAACUACCAAAGAAUAGAGAAAAGAUUAAAACAAUCUUUUGUGCAAUCAGUGAUCAAACAUUAUUGGAUAAAAUCAUAACAUUGGAUAAAUGGUAUUUUUGUUACGGUCAAAUGAUACCUUUUGCAUGUGCAAGUGGUAACGUCGUCUUGUUAGAAAAGAUACUCAAACACGAGUUAUUGCCAAAAGAAUAUCUUUUUCCUCUUGAACCCUAUUUAGUAUUGGAUCAUGCAUUUGCUUCAGGAUCAUUAGAUAUGGUUAGAUAUUUGGAUACAUCAGUCGAUAAAUGUAACAUUGCAAAGUUGGAAUGGGGAAUAUUUCGUUUCUGCAAGACCACUAGUUCAGACGUGGUUAAAUACUUUUUGGAUAGAUCUAAAGAACGUAUAAAAGUAAUUAGAGUAGUUGAUAGUUUUCCAUUACUCAUUGCAUCAACAAAUCCACUUCAUCCAAUAUCACCAUAUUUAAAAGGGAACGAAACCUUUUUAGGUCAAGACCAUAUACUCGCGUUUAUCAAUACAUUUGUAUUCUUUAAACAAGAAUCUUGGACACAAGUUCUAUCAAGUAUGCUUUAUCUCGACAAAUUUUCAAGUCACUUUCCCAAACCACUUUUAUCCAUUGUAAGAGAUUAUGAUAGAGAUGAAAAGGUUAAAGAGAUACUAGAGAAUAAUCGUCCUUUUUUCAAUAGAAUUGGAGAUUUACUUGUAGAGAUUGGAACUGCAAAAUUUGGUAAUCAAGUUGCCAUCAAGAUGAAAAAUGCAACUUUGGCAUUAAAAUGUAUUGACAGUACACAUUGUACCUACAAACCAUUAUCAAAUGCCUUGGUUGCUAUACAAAUGUUUCAACAAAGAAUAGUAUUGGAUAAAAAAGUGAUAGCAGAUUUUGCAAUUCUAAUUGGAGUUGAAGAUUUUGGUAUCGCCGGAACUUUUGCAUCAGCCAUCAAUGCACCACACUCAUGUUUAAUAGGAAAUGUUAAUGGAUGGAAGGUUAAAAAGGCCCAUCAAAUUAGAUUGCAUUUAGAAGGUUACACCUCACCAUACACUCCAUUAUGUUAUUAUGUAAAAUAUGCACAACUGGAUAUGAUCAAAUUAUUCCUUCAAACUGCCACCAAUCAAGAAAUGUCAAGUGAAAUGACCGAUUCUUCUAUUUUGACUAGUGAUUUGGCUAGUCAUAAUAUAGAUACUGCAGAAAUGGUAUUUCAAGCAUUUGGAAAGUCAUGGGACUCUUUUUUCAAAUUUAACAAUGACCAUCUUAUUCCAUUCUCCAGACCAUCAUCAAUUGGAAAUAAUCUUUUCAAAGUUGUGGCUGAAAAGAGUACACUUUCAACUAACGAAAUUUUGGAAAUCAUUGUAUCAGCUGGAAACUUUAAAUUAUUUGAUUACUUUUGUAAUUUGUAUCCUCCUCUUACUCCUCUUCCUCUACAAGACCAAGACCAAAAACCAAGAGGGAUUCCCGCUUGUCACAUUUUCAUUGCAACAAAUCAAGUUGAAAGAUUAGCAACAUACCUAUCACGAUUAGAACCAAAACCUCAGAUUGAAGCUUUGUGUACCAAAUAUAACAAGUUGGACAUAAUAAAUAGAAUUGAUCUUUUAAAAUAA